GCGAAGCCCAGCCGGGGCGAAUAACAAGCUGGGGCUCUCUACAAAUACACAGCUGGCCAGCGUCUGCCCCUGCUUCUUCGCACUCACACGUCCAGCAUGGCGUGGACAAAGUACCAGCUCUUCCUUGCGGGACUUAUGCUCACCACCGGCUCUAUCAACACCUUAUCAGCAAAAUGGGCUGAUAUGUUCUCGGCUCAGGGUUGCCAUAAUGAGCCCAGUCACGAGUUCUCUCACCCGUUUGUACAGGCAGUGGGUAUGUUCCUGGGCGAGUUCAGUUGUCUUGCCGUCUUCUACAUCUUGCUUUGCCAUGACAGACGUAGCCCAGAGCCCAAGAUGAACCCAGGCCAGAGCUUCAACCCGUUCCUCUUCCUCCCUCCUGCCCUGUGUGACAUGACUGGGACCUCCCUCAUGUAUGUUGCUCUGAGCAUGACAAGUGCCUCCAGCUUCCAGAUGCUGCGAGGAGCUGUCAUCGUCUUCACCGGUCUGCUAUCAGUGGCGUUUCUGGGCCGCCGCCUGGUGGCCAGCCAGUGGCUUGGCAUCCUUAUCACCAUCCUGGGUUUGGUGAUUGUGGGCCUUGCCGACUUCCUCAGCAAGGGCCAGGGUGACCAGCACAAACUCAGCGACGUCAUUACUGGAGAUCUUCUGAUCAUUAUGGCUCAGGUCAUCGUUUCUGUGCAGAUGGUCCUAGAGGAAAAGUUUGUCUACAAGCAUGAUGUCCAUCCUCUGCGGGCUGUGGGAACUGAGGGGUUCUUUGGUUUCUUCAUCCUGUCGCUGCUGCUCAUCCCCAUGUAUUUCAUCCCCGUGGGCAGCUUCGCCAGCAACCCUCGCCACGUGCUCGAGGAUGCACUGGACGCUUUCUGCCAGAUCGGCCACCAGCCCCUCAUCCUGCUGGCGCUGCUGGGCAACACCGUCAGCAUCGCUUUCUUCAACUUCGCCGGCAUCAGCGUCACCAAGGAGAUCAGCGCCACCACCCGCAUGGUGCUGGACAGCCUGCGCACGCUCGUCAUCUGGGUGGUGAGCCUGGCGCUGGGCUGGGAGUCGUUCCACGGCUUGCAGGUGCUGGGCUUCAUCGUCCUCCUCGUGGGCACGGCGCUUUACAACGGACUGCACCGCCCCCUGCUGGCCAGGAUGCCUUGCUGUGCAGGAUUAGUGGACACAGAGGAAGACAGCAGCCUGGCAGAAAGAGAGAGGCUGCUGGAUGAGGGAAGGGUCCAGGCCAAUGAGGAAAGCUAAACUUUUCAGGUCGACCCUGCACAGACAGCAUGACAGCAUAAUGUCUGUCAUGGACAUUACACAUCUCCCACAAUGCUGUCAGUGACAAUCGUUUUUUACGUUUUGUUCACACCUCAGAUUUUAACUGACUUCUUCUUAUCUUUGCACUGCAUUCACACCUUGAUAUGGUGAGUGGGAGUGUGCUAGCUCUUGUAAAGAGACAGAUGGCAUGGAGAGUGGUGGGAGGGAGUUGUUGCAUUGCAUACGGGUUUCCAUUGGCUUGACUAAUUUUACAGAUGAAGUUUUUUGUUAUAUCCUCCUGAAACAAAGGAAAAAUAGGUUUUUAGCCAGUGUCAACUGACGUUUUGAGCUGUUUUUUUUAUUGGAAAAAAAGGCUUAGAAUAAGUUUUUAGUGUUAUAUAGAGCUUACGAACCAGCACGGCUUUGUGAAAAUAGCUGCCACAGAAGUUAAAAAUCAAUAUUAAAAUCACUGUAAUGUUUCAUAUAAAUUGACUUACAUGUGAAAUAUUUGGGUAAUUCUCAUGUUUUAGAUAAUAAUUUUGAUAUUUUUAAUGGGACCUUUUCAGAUGGUACUGUAUGCAAUUUUUAUGUAUUUUAGGUAUGUUUUUAUUUAAUGUUGAUUUUGCCAAAAUGGCUGACAGUGUGGACAUCAUACAUUGAAUACCAAUUCUCAGCCUUGAGAAGGCCCCACAUUGAUGUUUCCUUGUAGAUAUUUUUUUCAAGAUCCCCUUUGUAAUCUUCAUUUAGAAGAAGCACAAAGGUAUUUUCUUAUUUCAGUUUGUUUGACUGCAUGAUCAGAUAUAUGCUGGAAAGCAGCUUGUAAGAAUACUUAUGUAUAACUGUGCUCAGGUCCACUGAUAAAUUUUUUUGUUUAUGUGUCCAUGUACCAAGAGGUCUGAGCUCACAAGUAUUGAUAAUACACUAAGUGAUUUGCACUUGACAUUGUAAACCUUACUUCUCCCACAACACUCAGUUGUCUAGCUAAGAUUUUUGUUGUAACAAAAAGGAAAAAGGGAACUGUCAUUAAAUCACAUGUGCUGUAAACGAUAUUGAAUGGAUGUAAUGAACAAAGGAAUGGGGAAGCUCUCAAAAAUAUAUUUCUAAAACAA